CCAUCUUGAAUAAUUAUUUAGCUUCUUACAGAACACACCAUAAAUUAUGUGACGUAAUUUUUUGACACAAUCUAUCAUGUCACGAAAAAAUCCAGAAAAGAAAUUAAUGUGAAUGAGUAGUAGAAAUCCAACAAAAUUGCCGAAAAUCCAAAUCCCAGUAAGGCAGAAGCGACACCAAGGCCCUCAGCGAAACAAUCAACAAGCGCUGCCUCUGAUGCGAAUGACUCUCUGCAGCCUCGAGUCGCACAAUCAACCAGCGUUCAACUUGAUCGGAAUGACUCUCUGCAGCCCCCAGGUGCACAAUCAACAAGCGCUGAUUCUGAUCCGAAUGUGCUGAAACCUUUUUGGUACAAUCCCUGUACUUCCAAGGUACAGUUGGGCAAAAGCACGACUACAGUAGAGACUUAUGUGCAAAGAAUUUUGGAUUAUUCCGCAACAGCAAUUUACCACAUCAAGGAGAUAUGCGACAAGGUAUGUCGUGAAUUCUUCGGCGAAGAUAACGACUACGAGUUUACCAAGAAGCUCCUCGCAGGCCAACGACUCCAAAGUCUCAACCUCCAACAGUUCGAAUCGACUUUGACGGAAACAAGACAUGACAUCCCAAAAACUUUAACAGCGAUCCACAGCAUGCUUCAACAAAUAUCGGUCCAUUUGGAAUUUUUCUCCGAUCACAAGAUGAUCAACUCUCAAAUACCGCACAUGAUAAAGCUGCUGUGCGAAGUUCAAAAGGCCUUGGCGAAAUAUGGAGAUCUUCCGGCGCAUGUGACUCGAGAUAUUAUCCCCGAGGAACUGAAAUUGAACAGGACUACUUAUUCGAGAGGGGUGCACCAGUGUAUUUUGCUGAGAGACUAUAUAGAUACUUUGUGUGCCAUAAUAAAGUUUUUCGAUAGGAAUGGCAAAGUAAGAGGAUCGGUUUUCUCUAAAUAACGUCAUGCUAUUAUACUUUUCACUUAAUAAACUUUGAAA